AUGGGUGAAGCUAAAGAAAGGGAAAAGGAUUCGGUCGUUAGUAAUCUUAAAGAUAAUCAAAAGAAACUAAAAGAGCAGAUAAAGGAACUGCGACAUACUGCGACUAAUCUAGAUGUAGCAAACGGAAAACGUUUAAAGGAGCCGCCCUUUAAAGGCUUAUAUCCUGUACAAGAAUUAAAUAAAUUACAAAUAACUGAAUCAUCUGAGGAUGAUAACCUUUGGUUUUCCCCACCCCCUACAGCUUCUACACCGUUAUACCAGCCCUCACAAGUUCAAGAUGCAGCAGUAAGCACUACAACAGAGGGCGGGGGUCAGCGGGGGAAAGAACAAACCGCACUCGAGUCUAGAAGUGGAAUUCAGGCAAUGGACAGUCAGUCUAGUAGACUGCUUAUAGAACAACCUGACCAAACAGAAACCUCUAGCAAGUCAUCACCAAGAUUAACCUGCUCAAAGACAAAAAAACAUAAGAGAAAGGCACAAAUGCUUUUUGACCCUAGGCCUAGCCAGCCGAAGAAAUAUUAUGAUAAGAAAGCCGUAUAUUUACAUAAGGGUAAAAUUUACAAACAAUGUCCAAUUUUCAUUGAAGGCAAAGACGAUUAUAGUGGACCGGAUAAAUCUAAUCCGGACUCUGACUAUGAAUCGGGCACCAGCCCAUCAGAUGAAGAGAGAAUAUUUCCGUUGAGAGAAGUCCUGAAUCUAGCCCAUCCUAGAGAUGCAGGGCAACCAGCCACAGUAGUAGUGCCUAGGGCGUGGUCGGCAGUUGAUUUUCAAGCCAUUACCAAAUCAUUUCCGCCUAUUUGCAAUAACCCAGCAAAGUUUCAACGCGUACUGGCAGGACAUAUCUGUUUGCAAAAUCCUACCAUAGAAGAGGUUAGAGCUGUCCUACAAUGCGCUGUACCAGCCAAUCUUAUGAAAUAUACCUGGGAUCAUGCUAAUGUUCCUACACCAAUACACAAUAUGCAAGGGGAAAAUGGAUUUGAAACGGUUAGACAACGUAUAGUUGAUUCUAUCACUGUAAUUGUACCACCUACCCCCAAUUGGUCGAAAAUCAAAUUAAUCCUACAGAAAGAGGAUGAGCCUAUAGACAAAUACUUAUUUCGGCUCACUGAAGCAUUUGAGGCAUAUUCUGGGUACCCUGAACCCACCGAAGGACCAGCACAAAGCAGACUGUCAGCCACCUUUGUGGAUGGGCUACGCCCUCAAUUUCAGCUUACUGAAUAUGGAUUAUCCAAACUAAAUGAAUAUCUGGAACAGUAUUCUGAUUGCUGCCCUAUCUACUAUGGUCCAGUUCCCUUCUUCAUCUGCCUGGUUCACCCCGACUACAUUCAACCUGUUUUGAGUGCAUCAGCUCAUAUGGCUCCCAAAAUGGAGGCACUAUACAGGUUCUUCAGGCCAUGGCUUGGGGAUGGCUUGUUGGUUGCUAAUGGUGACAAAUGGCACCGAAAUCGAAGGCUGCUAACUUCAUCUUUUCAUUUUGACAUUCUAAAGCCUUAUAUGAAAAUCUAUAACACCACUGCACAGACCAUGCUGGACAAAUGGGAAAAACUAUCUAAGAACAAUCAGUCAGUGGAACUCUUUGAGCAUGUCAGUCUUAUGAGUCUGGACACCUUGCUGCAAUGUGCUUUUAGCUACGAUAGCAACUGUCAGACACAGAGGGAAAUUCCAUACAUCAGGGCUGUUAACGAUGUCAUCCACUUAUUUACAAAUCGUGCAACUUUUCCACCUUAUCACAGUGACCUGCUGUUUUACCUGAGUCCCAGUGGAUAUAGAUUUCGCAAAGCACUUGGAGUCCUUCACAGUUUUUCCAAGUCUGUGAUAAAGAAGAGAAAGGAGUCCCUGGUCCAGCUACAGGAAGACCUGAAGACUGGGCAAUUCAGUGGUACUAAAUCUGGAAAGAAGCAUUUGGACUUUCUUGACAUGCUAUUAUUAACCAAGGAUGAAUUUGGAGCUGGACUGACCAAUGAAGAAAUUGAAAAUGAGGUGGAUGUUUUCAUGUUUGGGGGCCAUGAUACUACAGCCAGUGGCAUCUCUUGGCUACUCUAUAAUUUGGCAAAGCACCCUGAAUACCAACUCAGAUGUAGGCAGGAGAUUGAGGAGGUCCUGCAAGGGAGAAAUGAAGUUGAGUGGGAGGACCUCUCAAAGUUGUUCUUUACAACUAUGUGUAUCAAGGAGUCAUUGCGAACCCAUCCACCAGUUGUUAAUGUUUGUAGAACUCUGAAAAAGGAUGUUGAACUUCCAGAUGGGCGUAUCAUUCCGAAAGGUAUGAAUGUUUCGAUAGUGAUUUGUGCUGUCCAUCAGAACCCUCGUGUGUGGGAUAAUCCAGAGGUGUAUAAUCCAUAUCGCUUCACUCCAGAGAACAGUGCUGGUCGAUCCUCAUACGCUUUCAUUCCGUUUGCUGCUGGACCCAGGAACUGCAUUGGUCAGAACUUUGCCAUGAAUGAAAUGAAAGUGACCGUGGCACUGAUACUUCAGCGCUAUUGGUUAACAGUUGAUGAGAGUGUACCAGUCGAAAGAAUCCCUGAGCUCAUCUUAAGAGCCAAGAAUGGCAUUCACCUAUUUCUGCAGCCCAAACCAACAGCUGCAGUGAUACAGCAAGUCAAGGAGCAUGUUUCAUCAAUCUAGUGCAAUGUGCUAGGAGCAGUUUUUUUUAUGUUAGACACCUAAUGAUUGCUUGAAGCCUUAGUAGAAAGCUAAUUUACAGAUUCUACAUUUUUGAAAUGUCAUAAUUUCUUACAAUUGAACAAUUAAUGAAAAUAUUUAGAGUGACACCAAGAAUGUCUAGUUUUAAUAUCUAUGUAUUAUGUCAUUGGUAGUCAAACAAGUGCCUUAUACAGUCUCACAAAUCACAAUAAUAAUUCAGUUUGAGACUGGAGAACUGAUGUGUUAUUUAUGUAGACAGUGUUUGUGUGGUGAUGUUCUCGAAGGCAUUAAACAUAGUGUUGGUCCUGCAUUGUUUAAUCCAACAUUAAGUGAUCACCUGCAGAUGUCAGGAUCAUCUUGUGGAUAGUCUAAGGUUCAGAACCCUCUUUAGAUAGCUGCAUUUUAGUUUUGAUGCAUUGUACCUUUCAGUCUUCAGUUCAUAUCACAGGCACAUUUUAAAAAAAAAUGAGAGAUACACUUUUGGAUUACAAUUAUUUCUUAAUGAGCUUCCUUUAAUAUUAUAAAGAAAAUGCCAAAGGGCUUACAGAGUAGAAUUAACAUUUAGCAAAUGUAGCGCUUUUUGUGUAAGUGAUUAUGGUACUGAUUUUGCAUGCAAGUGAAAUAUGUCUAACAACAUCUGUUAGAGAUGUCAUACCUGGAAUGUACUAUUGCUGUUGAUUAUGUGAUAAGCAAAGUAAAGAACAAUCCCAAAUUA